UUAAAAGGGUCAGCACCAGGUCAGAAGAUUAUAAGCAAGGUGUAAAAAUUUUGUGUCAGGAUGGAGAAGUUGACGUUACAGAAGCGAAACAUAUUAUAAUCAAUGCACCUAGUGCAAAAUCUGGAGAUAGCUUUUGUUCGAUUCAAAUGGUGGGGACUGAACUACCACAAACGGAGACACGUCAAUGCAAAUUGGUGAAACAAAUAAUUUCUCAGGAAAGAUUUAAAGAUGAGUAUGAAAAAGCAACAAGUCCAGGGGACACAUUCAUUCUUUACACAUCAGCAUCCUCCAAAAAACUUGAACUUCAUCAGCCAAUGUCUGCAAUUGUUAGUAAAGACAACUGUGAAGAAUAUUUCGGACCUUUUGCUGGGAGAUGUUAUAAUUAUGCUAUGGAACAACCAAAUCUUAAUGAAGCGACUUACACUCAGCUGACUGGAAUAAAUUGUGUUGGAGAAGCACGUGCUAGAAUUAUCAUAGAAGAACGAAACAAACGCAAAUUUUCUGGUAUAGACGAUUGUGAAAGAAGAACAAAAAUUCCGCGCAUAUAUCUUGAACCCUUUUUUUAG